UUCAGUCGUUCGCCAUUUUGCUGUGGGUUUUGCAAGUCCGCUGCUUCCAUUUGUGAGGCAGCGUUAAAAAAGAAACAAACAAACCAAACAUUUAUUUCGAGGACUGUUUAAAGGGUUUAUAAAUAUUUUUCGCGCAGAACUAUGGCAAACCCGUCAGGUGACGUGGACAUGCCGGAGGGCGCAGAGGUCCGCAAGCUGUCUGAGCUGCGAGUCAUCGACCUAAAGGCCGAGCUCAAGAGAAGAAACCUGGACACAACUGGCGUUAAGAGCGUGCUGUCGGAGCGCCUCAAAAGGGCAAUUGAGGAAGAAGGGGGGGAUCCAGAUCAGAUCGUCCUCAUUCCGGACUCGAACCCUAAAAAAUCUGCACCCAAGCGAACCGCCAAAGAUUCCCGGCAAGACGAGGAAGCAGAAGAAGCUCCUUUGGAGGAGGAUUCACGUGAUGGACAAGAAGACUUUCUGGACCACGAGAACUUGCAGGACGACCACGAAAGCAUGCAGGACAUGGACAUCCUUGACAUGAACGUUCUGGAUGAGACUGAGAAUGAAAGCGGGAUGCCAACCGGGGACCCAAUGGACGUUGAAGGAAAUUAUGACAGAGACGACGACGCGUUGCUGGAGGAUGAAAACGACUUCACCGAGUUUGGGUCAGGGCAAGAGGCUCAAGGUCCAGAGAAUCCAGAUGACGGCGCUGAAGAAGGACUGACAGAGCCACUAAAAGAAGACCAGGACCAGAGCCCCGAAGAAGAGCAAGCUGCCGGAGGGGAAGACGGCGUGUCCAACGCUGGUGCCAAGUCCAGCAGCGCUGCAUCUGCAGAUGGGGAUGACGCCAAAGAGGCCGGGGAUGUGAAUACUGUCCCAGAAGAGACACUUGACUCUGAAAACAAAAGCUCACAGGCUGUUAGUGUAAGCGAACAGGGCGGCUCGGGUGAAUCUGUUGAUUCAGAAAAGGGGUCUAAGAAGGGUGAGGAGGACGAGAAGACUGUGGAUAAGGCUGCCGCGGAUUCAACCUCAGCACUGAAAGAGUCCUCUUCAGUAGAGGGCGAUGAUCAGAACAAGAGCUCUGAAGAAAAAGACGCCAAGACAGAGACAAAGGAUGAAAAAGCGAGCGGUAGCAGAAAUCUGUGGGUCAGUGGUCUGUCUUCCACCAGCAGAGCGACUGAUCUGAAGGCACUAUUCAGCAAACACGGCAAGGUUGUUGGCGUAAAGGUGGUGACCAAUGCUAAGAGCCCGGGGGCUCGGUGCUUUGGCUUUGUCACCAUGUCUACCUCAGAGGAGGCCACCAUCUGCAUCAGUCACCUUCACAGGACCGAGCUGCAUGGCAAGAUGAUCUUUGUGGAGCGGGCUAAAAAUGAGCCUGCCGGAAAAAAGCCGGCUGACAAGACUGCCAGCGACAGAAGACACUCGACUGACUCCAAGUCUGAAAAGGAUGAUAAAACGGAAGGAGAAGGCAAAGAUGACAAAGAUCAAAAUGAGAGGACUGUUGUCAUGGACAAGUCUAAGGGAGAACCUGUUGUCAGCGUCAAGACCAAAAGCAAAAGCAGGGAGAGGAGCUCUAAGAGUCGGAGUCGUGCCUCUUCCAGCAAAGAGAGAAAAGACAUCCUGACGUUUGCCCAGAUCAAGGCGCAGAGAAAGAGGGAGAAACAGAGGCAGCGAGAGAGGGAGAUGAGGGAGGCUGAAAGAUUCAGAUUCAAUGAUCGCAAUCGUGACAACCCGUCAGAGCGCGAGCGAAUCCGAAUGUUCAGAGAAAGAGAGGAAAGGAUGAUGAAUAAUCGGCGCUGGCUGGAGGUGGAGAAGCAGCGGCUGGAGGCAGACCGGAUGGAGCGCCAGUUCCUGGAGCGGGAAAGGAUGCGGAUCGAGUACGAGCGGCGGCGCGAGCAGGAGAGGAUAAUGAGGGAGCGCGAGGAGCUGAGGAGGCAGCAGGAGCAGCUGCGCUUUGAACAGGACAGACGGCCUGUAAAGAGGCCGUACGACAUGGACAGAAAGGACGACUGGCCUGACAAGCGCAUGGCUAUGGAUGACCGUUUCGGCCGCUCAGACUUCGGUCGCCAGGACCGCUAUCAAGACUUUGACCACAGAGACCGUGGCCGUUUCCAAGACGACGGACAGCACUUCUCAGACAGACACGGCAGAGAUUCGUGGGGCGGAGGCUACGACAAGCGCAUGAACCCAAGGGACGGUGGCCGCGACUGGGACUCUGGCCGAAAGAUGGAUGGAGACAGACCAUGGCAAGGUAGAGAUGGUGGCAUUCCAGGCCAGAGCCACAUGCAACGUGGAGGAAUGGCAGGUCGUGGAGGCUACAUGAACACAGGAACUUCUCAGUCUUUGUCUGGAGCUCUGAACAGACAGAACCAGAUGAUGCAGGGCAGCGGCAUCCAGGGAGGAGCUUUCGGUCGACGCUACUGACUCCCAUGAUGUUGUACAGUUUUUGAAUGGUCUUUUUUUUUUUCAUGGAUGUCACAACAUUGUUUUUGUAUUUUUUUUUUCCUGGUAGGUUCGUCUUAUUUUAAUUGGUAGUGAUCUUUGCUCUGUACUUGUCAGUUGUACAAAUUGACUAUUUUCAUUGUGAAUCCACCCCGACUGUAAUAAAUUCAGAUGUUUAUAACAUCUGGGUUUCAUGGACCUAACCUCAGCACUUGUAUCCUCCCUGUUUUUGUUUAAAGUUUGAUUAUUUUUAAUCAAUAGAAGUUUCUUUAUGAAAGAGGAGCUUUUUAUUUUGCGUCUAGGAAAUACAGGUUUUUAUGAGGAGUUUUAAGUGUCACAAUUCAUUAAACUGUACUUGUUGGCUUUUUCCACCGUUUGCAAGUGGAAUUUAUGCUGAAUUAUGAAUUAAAAUGUUAAGUCAAGAUUGUUUUGACUUUGUAAUGCUUGGGUAUUACCGUUACUCAUUAAAGAUUGUUUUAAUAUUGAA